CCUCAGGAAGGAGGCGUUUUUGACAUCCUUGAAAAGAGCCACGUGGACAGGGUAGGCCUCGUAGUGCGGCAAUGAGAAGGUUCGCACGGACGCCAUGAGGUGCCUUGUGUGUUGGCGUGAUUUUGAUGUGGGCGUAAGUUUGGGUGUUGAUAUGCACCAGGUCGGAGUUGGAACCUAGUCGGAAAUGGAAGGCCUAGACGAGGGGCUCGGUCGUUUGGAAUGUUUCGUUGGUUGCGUGGUAGCGGUGACUGUGUUGGAUGACGGUAGCUGUGAUGUCCCUCUAGAUGAUGCUAGGCGGUUCGUCAGACCGAUUUGCAUUGGCAAUCUCCAAGGAUACCAGAUCGUGGGUGAGUCUAAAGCUCGAGGGCCGCUUUGGGCAGGAGCGGGGACGGCCAAGCUAUGAGUUAGUCCCAGAGAAAGCAGAACCUAUGGCGAAUCAGGACGGAUCAUCGUGUCGAUCGGCAGCAGAACAAACUAAAUUCGCCGAAUAUGUCAGGGCAGGCACCGUCACAGCCGUCUGGAGGUCAAGGUUUCAAGGCAGUGUGUGGCCAAUAAAGGACGGACUGGAGUCGAUAGCUGAGGGCUUGCGGAGAAUGGGCCUGUUCCCUUGCAGGCAUCGCCGAGAAACGCGCUUUCAAUCGCACCCUUUCACUCCCAGCGCAGCCAAACCUCACCUCUUCCUUCACUCUCUUCGCAGACCGGACUACAGACUGCUUCAGAGGUCGCGCUGGAUCGCCGCGACGCUCAAUUCCCCAGCAGCCAGAAAACUCGAGGCUAAAAGUCAUGUGUCUUUCGUUUGACAGGUGAUAGUCGCAAGCCACCCGAGGCGCACCACCUUUGCUGGGUUUACUUGCAUCGGUCUUCUCCAUCGGCAUUUCCCGUCUCGUUCCUGUUUCGACGUGCAUUACGAAAAGUAUGGCCACCAAGCGACCCCCGGACGAUGACCCCAAUCUUGUCUCCAAGAUCCAG